AAAAGAGACAGUGAGGAACAAUGGGUGCAGUGGUUGUGUUUUUGAUACUGGUCCUUCACUUUACAGGAACACAGGGUGAUGUGAGUUUUCAGUCCUUUGCUGUCAGAGAUGGAAAUGAAGUCACUUUGCCUUGUUUCCAUCACAGCUGCAACAGUGUCACCUGGCGCUUCAAGGGUUUAAGACAAGGAGCAGCAGAAGUAGAGCUGUUUAAUCAAGGUCAGAUUAAAGAAAAAGCCACAUCAGACCAACUGAGUUUGACCGCAAACUGUUCUCUGGUUAUACACAAGGUAACAGUUGAGGAUGCUGGUCAGUACACCUGCAGUGGGACUGACAAAAUAUGGACACCUCCUGGUUCUGUUAUUUGCACUGACCUUGUUGUCGUUGUCAUAACUGAAGAGAAGUAUGGAGAUAACGUGACUUUGAACUGCUCUGUGUCGACUUCUAAAAAGUGUGAACAACAUAAAGUGAAGUGGAUCCACGACCGGAUAGGCAUCUUUAUACGCAAUCCAUAUAUAAAAACAUCACAGUCUUCAUGCUCUGCUUCUGUGGCUAUUCUGAACACUAACUGCAGUAACAUAUCAACUUAUGACUUUAUGUGUGCCGUUACAAUAUAUAAUAAAGUGGAUCGUUUUCCUUUCAACCCGUGUUCAACAACAGCCGAAAACAACGCAAAUACAGUCUGGUUCUGGUGCAGGCUCAUCAUUGUGGUUUUGGGUUUAACUGCAUUAAUAACAGUUGUUGUGGUCGUCAUCAUAUGGGCAAGAGCUGGUAAAAAAGCACAGACGGGUGAAAACACGGUGUUUAAUUAGGAAGCUGAUGGAGUUGUGAAGCAUGAAACUGUCCAGAUGAAGUUCGGAGAAUAAAUGUCAACAACAUCAGCAUAAACAUGUUGUAUGUUUGCAUAGGCAUUAUUUCCUUUUAAACAGAGAAUCAUAAUUUCACAUUACUUUCAAUUUAGACUAUAAUAGUUAAGUCUUGAUAAUAUUUUGUAUUUAGAAGCUUGGCAGCUUUUGUAAAACUGAUUUCCCUGUAUUAGUUGCUGAGACAUUUCACUUCUUUUUCUGUAUGAGGAAAAAAAUCCUGCUGGUGUUCCUUGAACCACAGAUAUCCAUGGAAGUAAAGUGGUAGAAAGUGAAAUAUUAUAACCAAAAGACAACACACAUGACAUGUUUGGGGGGCAUAAAAAAUUAUCUGUGGAAGGAUACACUUCAGAAUUGAGACGGUCAUCCAUAAUAAGCAUUUCAAUAAUUUAUAAUUUAUAUUGUUGUUUCCUGAAACGCCUCUGUAUGCACUUCAACCCAUUUAAACUUCAAUAUAAUUUAGUCUGAAAUUUUCCGCUGCAAAGGCUUGAGCUUUUUUUUAAUAUGACUCUGUGUAAG